AGCUGCCUCUUUCCUCUCCAUGUGCCACAGCAGCUCCUCUCACACUUACGCACUUACACACACACACACACACACACACACACACAGAGAGAGAGAGAAAUCCGGAAUCCGCUCACAAAGGCACCUCCGCUUUUCACUUGAUUAUUCUCGACUCUUUUUCACUCCGACAACAGUACAGGAAGCGCGACAGCAGCUCGAGCGUUUUCAGUUUGUAUUUGACAGACACUGAAAACCUCGUUUUGCUUAUUUCCAUUGUUCUUUAAUUCUAUUCAUGUCCCCCUUUUUAAGCCCUGGAAGUGUUAUUUGUGAAUAUUAGUUCUAUUCUUUUUUUUUUUGUCUUUUUUUCCCGAACACAAGGACGCGGUGUGCAGCAACACGCGAAGAGCGACCUCGACUUCUGCAGACAUGUGUUUAAGACGAGACUCUGAAUUAAAGACCCUGCUCACGGUUUUGGUUUUCGCUGCUGUCGUGGCCAAAAUCCACGGACAAGGGCUGGAUGAAAACAAUGGUAUCAGUAAGAGAGCUCUGGAUUCAGAGUUUUUCACACACUCACCAACACAGGACACGGAGAGUGAAGUCCACCUGGUCACCACUGCCUCACCAGUGAACAUCCCCAACCAUCGGCCUGUUCUCCAGGGGCUGCUGCUUCACGAGCACCUCCUUACGAGGGACUUCCAGGGGGACCAGCAUUUUUUUAGGAGGGACGACUCUGUGGCUGCAUACCCCACCAUGCCCGGCUCCAUGUCUGCCUUGGAAGCAGAAGACCCUGCCACUCAGCUGGUUCCUCAUGAAGAUGCACCAGCCUUCUCAGAGAUUGCCACAACUGCUACUGUGGCUGCCACAUCUUCGCUCACCACAUUUUCUCCCACGCCACCUAAACCGCCUAUGUCUCUCCCACAAACAAAGUCCACUAAGGAGAGGACCAUGGAGGCAGACAUGGCAGAGCCAACAACACACUCUCUCACCACUCCAGUGGCUCCAAAUAACAGAGGUUCAGGCAGUGAACACAACCAAUCCUCACAGAGAACUUGGGCUCAAAGUGGGCGAGCGCUCUCUAUCGGCACCACCCUCACACCCUUUACUAUGAGGACGGGAAAAGGGGAUGCUAAGGAAACACCACUGAAACACAAAACCAGCCCCGAUCAUCCACUGCCCAAGCAAACCCGAGAAGAUGGUAGCAGUAGAACGUCCACAACUGUGACCACAACUACCACCAUCACCAUUACACAAACUUCAGAGCCAUGCAGUCUGAAUUUCACUGACCCAGAGGGAAACAUUGAAAUCUUGCAGCAACUCGACUCUGGAAUUGAGUGCAACUACUUAGUGACUGUUUAUCUGGGAUAUGGCAUCGAGGUUCAGGUGCUAAAUGUGAGCGUGCUGGAGGGAGAGCAGGUGACAGUGGAGGACACAGGCGGCCGAGAACCCUUCAUCCUCGCCAACGAGUCCAUGUUGAUGAGGGGCCUCAUACUACGGAGCCGUAGCAACCAGAUCUCAGUCCGUUUCCGUAGUGACCAACAACACAUCACUGGCUUUCUCCUGCUACAAUACCAAGCCUUUGUCCUGAGUUGUGCAUUCCCCAAAGAGCCUGCUGGUGGAGAGGUUUCAGUGACGCACCUCCAUGCCGGUGGAGAAGCCUAUUUCCAGUGUUUCACCGGCUACAGGUUGCAAGGUCCUAAAAUGCUCACCUGUCGCAACGCAACUACACCUUACUGGAGCGGAAAGGAGCCCCAAUGUGUGGCAUCCUGUGGGGGGAUGAUAAAAAAUGCUACCUACGGACGUAUCGUCUCUCCUGGUUUCCCUGGCAACUACAGCAACAAUCUGACAUGCCACUGGGUCCUCGAGGUCCCUGAAGGCCACCGGCUCCACAUUCACUUUGAGAAGGUGGCCCUGGCAGAGGAUGAUGACAGGCUGCUGAUAAAGAACGGCAACAACAUAGACUCUCCACCUGUGUAUGACUCAUAUGAGGUGGAGUAUUUGCCCAAUGAGGGUGUUCUCAGCACUGGACGUUACCUGUUUAUAGAGUUCACCACAGACGGUACAGUGACGUCCACUGGUGCAGCCAUCAGAUAUGAAGCUUUUGCAAAAGGCACAUGUUACGAGCCCUUUGUGAAAUAUGGCAACUUCAGCAGCAGUGACUCCACUUACAGCCUGGGUGCAGUGGUGGAAUUCUCGUGUGACCCCGGCUACACGCUAGAGCAAGGCUCCGUGGUGAUCGAGUGUGUAGAUGCAGAAAACCCACAGUGGAAUGAAACGGAGCCAGCCUGUCGAGCUGUGUGCAGCGGGGAGAUCACAGACUCUGCUGGUGUUGUGUUGUCCCCUAAUUGGCCUGAGGCCUAUGACAAGGGGCAGGACUGCAUCUGGGGCAUCCAUGUAGAAGAGGACAAGAGGAUCAUGCUCGACAUCCAAGUCCUCCACAUGGGUAAGAAUGACCUGCUGACCUUCUACGACGGCGAUGACCUCACAGCGAACAUCCUGGGUCAGUACAGUGGCACGCGGCCGCGCUUCAAGCUCUAUACGUCCAUGGCUGAUGUCACGAUACAGUUUCAGUCGGAUCCCGCCACCAACAUUUUUGGCUACAACAAUGGUUUUGUGGUGCACUUCUUUGAGGUGCCAAGGAACGACACCUGCUCUGAGCUGCCUGAGGUCACUAACGGCUGGAAGAGCACGUCCCACCCCGACCUCAUCCACGGCACUGUCGUCACCUACCAGUGUUACCCUGGAUUCCAGCUGGUCGGCUCUGAGAUCCUUAUGUGCCAGUGGGAUCUCACAUGGAGCGGUGACGUGCCAAAGUGUGAGGAAGUGAUGACAUGUCGGGACCCUGGAAAUGUGGAGCACAGUCGUAAAGUCAUCACAGGGAGCCGCUUCACUGUUGGAUCGACGGUGCAGUUCACCUGCAAUAAAGGCUACGUCCUGUCAGGCGGCAGCCUCCUCACCUGCUACAACCGCGAUUCAGCAGCACCCAAGUGGAGCGAGAGGCUGCCCAAGUGUGUCCCUGAGAAGUACGAGCCGUGCAGGAACCCUGGUGCUGCCUCCACCAGUGUGCAGAGCUCUGAAAAGGCCUUUUACCAAGCAGGAGAGACGCUGACCUUCUCCUGUCACCCGGGCCACGAGCUGCAGGGUGAGGCCACCAUCUACUGCGUCCCCGGACACCCUUCACAGUGGAACAGCACCCCGCCUGCAUGCAGAGCAUCUCCAUCCCAGUCUGUGAAUGAACAUAAACUAGAUGUUGUCAAUAGGGAUUACGGUGUGGAGGGAACUAAUAUUACUGUGGCUAUAUUUAUUCCAACUGCAAUCAUCUUGGUGGUUGUCCUCGGGAUUUAUGUCUACUUUGCAAAACUGCAGGGAAAGUCCAUCAGAAUGCCGACGUCCUCGCCACCGUAUGACAACAUGACAGAAGAGUCGGCGUUUGACAAUCCCGCAUAUGAGAGUGGACACUGGCAGACUCUUUCUAGAUACUAAGCGCAGUCGGUCGGUUCACUUUGGCUGUGCUACAGAACAACUAUAAGGACAAAGGAAAAAAGAUUGAUGAGGUGUCCAUUUAGAGACGUUAAAGCAAGAGUUGCUCGAGCUUUGCCUUUUAGGACCCUCUCUGCACUGUUCAUCCGUUCCUCCAACCCUUUUUUUUUUCUCCUCUUCUGUUGACAAACGUCCCAUAUUUUACAGUGUGUGGAUUUGUGUAAAUAUGUCCACGGUUAAGCCUGUCAAAUCUGUGGGUCACCAUGGUGAUAUUUUUAUAAAGUCAAUUGCAGAUGGCCGUUGGUGAUUGUAUGUUUUUGAAGACUUUUUGAUGACCAGAGCCAGUAGCAGUUACAGAUGGAGGGGGAUUGUGUUUUGAUUGUUAGAAUCUGUUGGUUACAAAAAAAAUUCCUACUUUCCUUGGAAAAUCUACCCAUUAUCACUUUGUUUUUUUUGGUUUUUUUUCCGUAUGUAUGGGUCUUCUAUUUGUAAAUAAACUGCCUGUACAAUAUGAGUGCCUCACGACUAACUAUAACCUGAUAAUUCCUGAUAAUCUUUGUAAAUGUUGCAGUUAUUGGUGCCUGACAUUCACGGCUCGCCAAAUGUGCUCACGUUUCUUUCUUUCUUUAUUUUUUUUAACUCACACAGUUAUUUUCUCAGAGAAAUGUUAUGAUGUUGGAUAUUUUCCUAAACGAAAGGUCCCAACUGCAUAUGAUGAUGAGCCAUAAGCUUUGUGUGAGAGAAAAUUCUAAUCUGCCGCCAACUUUAAGUUUAGUUACUCACAUAUUGGCAGAUUCUGGCGAGCAGCGUGCCAGGUCUCAUACAUAUAGUUAGUAAGCCUUAAGAAAGACGCCUAUUUUGUGUCUUACCAUACGUUAUGGCUGUUAAAAUUGUACACCAGAUCUGCUUAUAAGAAUAUGUGAGUAAUUAAACUUAGUUGGCUAAAUAUUAGAAUGUCCUCUCACACUUUGCUUCCCUUAUGUCUGCCUCAAAGGAUAAGUAGCAACUUGUCCAUCUGCUCUAUAAUGUGUCACCAGAACCUUGGCUUAAACCCAGUGAAAUCCAGAAUUAAGGACAUGAUAUAUACCAAUUUACAGAUGCAGAUUGUUGAAUCAAGCGUUGGUUCCUAUAAGGCCAUAAAUAAAAUAUUGUAGUGUGAAUGGAUAUUUUAUUUUAUUUUAUUUAUUUUGUUUAAACUUGUACAUAGCCCUUGGAUCCUUUACUCGCCCGACAAAUCUUUCUUUGAGCAUCACAGCUGGCGCCACAGCAGGAAACCAAAUCACCUUCAUACAGUGUAUCUAGUGUAAUCUUUCAGUUAAUAAUAAAAUAAAUUGUUGUUUA